AUGUGUUUAGCAUCCAGCAGGAAAGAUGAGGUUGAAAUGGAAGCUUCUGAUAGAGCGCCUCUUCCUUCCAUCAUACACAGCAAACCAGAACCAGCGCCUCAGAAAAGUUGUACCACCAAACUCUACCUGAUCACUGCCGUGCUGGCCUGGUUAGUGACCGGUACAACCAUCUCGAGCCUAAACAAAUGGAUCUUCGCAGUUUACAACUUCCGGUAUCCUUUGUUGCUGUCCUCCCUUCACAUGCUAACUGCCAUCCUGUUAGACUAUCCCAUCCUCAGGUUUGGAUUGGUACCUGUAAACACUGAUGAAGAGCAGACGCUGAAUACAAGCGCACGGUUUAAAGUGUUCCUCUUGAGUGUGACCUUCUGCUCCAGCAUUGCCUUCGGGAAUCUUGGACUGAGCUGUGUUCAGCUUUCUUUUGCACAGAUGAUCUACACCACAACUCCUAUUUUUACCCUGGCUCUUUCUAAACUGUUCCUGGGCACCAAACAUCAUGCCCUUAAGUACACUGCCAUGAUACCCAUUUGCCUGGGAGCUUGCUUUAGUAUUAUCGGAGAGGUGCAGUUUAAUCAGACAGGAUGCAUUUACCUUUUUGCCUCCACUUUUCUCAGGGGACUGAAAUCUAUUCAGCAGAGUUUACUUCUUAAAGAGGAGAACAUUCAUUCUGUUACACUGCUGUACCUGAUGUCCAUACCCAGUUUCUGCAUCUUACUAGUUUCUGCAGUGUUACUAGAGAGAGGGGUGGCGUGGGAGAGGCCACCAGACAGUGACAGUAAACUUUGGCUUUUCAUCCUCCUUAGCUGCUUGGGAUCUGUUUUGUACAAUUUGGCAAGCUUCUGUGUCAUCACACUGACCUCAGCGGUCCACCAUACAUGUCCUUGGCAACCUCAAUGUGGUGGGAAACCUUGUCUUAUCCAGAGUGCUCUUUGGAAGCCACCUUACGGUACUCAGCUAUAUCGGCAUUGGUCUCACCUUGGUAGGGAUGGGCUUGUAUCAUAACUGUGACUCUAUUGUUAGAUAUAUUAGCUCCAGGAGAUCUGUGCAUGUUACAGAAAAACACACAAAGUCUGAGUAA